UUUUUAAAAGCAGCCCAGCCACAGUCAACAACCGUGCGAAAUUAAUUCAUCGGAGGAGCUUUCGGCCCUCCCCUCGCACGUUCUUAACGAGCCGCCGAGACUUCUCUUGAGACAUGGAGCGCGAGCCGUUGCUGAAAGCGCACAAAGGAGCCAAGAGAGCGCAGUUUCCCAGCAGGACACUUUUCUUGGCGGCCUGCGCUGCUGGUAUUGGAGGGACCUUUCAGUAUGGAUAUAAUAUUUCUGUCAUCAAUGCUCCAACCAAGCCCAUACAGCAUUUCAUUAAUGAGACCUGGGUGCAGAGACAUGGUGCGCCCAUCAGUGAACACCAUCUUACCCUCCUGUGGUCUGUGAUCGUCUCCGUCUUCACCCUUGGUGGAUUCCUCGGUGCCUCACUUGGUGGCACAUUAUCCAUUCGGUUUGGACGAAAAGGCACACUUCUACUGAACAAUGCGUUUUCAUUGCUUGCCACCGUCUUUAUGGGCCUCAGCUAUCCAACAAGAACAUUUGAACUUUUGAUUGCUGGAAGAUUUCUUGUUGGGCUGAAUGCAGGAAUUGGUAUCUGCGUGCAGCCUCUAUAUUUGGGAGAAAUCUCACCCAAAGCAUAUCGAGGAGUGAUGGCCAUGGGAACCUCCAUAUUCAUAACUGGUGGAAUUUUCACAGGACAAGUCAUCGGCCUACGAGAACUACUGGGCAAAGAGGACUACUGGCCCAUCCUUCUGUCUACCAUUUGCAUUCCAGCCAUUUUGCAGUUAAUCUUCCUGCCUUGGUUCCCUGAAAGCCCCCGGUAUUUGCUGAUUGAUAAAGGAGACCGUAAUAAGUGCAAAGAAGCUCUGAAGCAACUGUAUGGCUCUGGUGGUUUUCAGGCGGAAGAGGAAGACAUGGAGCGGGAGCGUACAGAACUAAUAGGAGUGAAGCCAAUGAGGCCUUGGCAGCUGUUUUCGGAUCGUAGCCUUCGAUGGCAGCUGACUACAAUAAUCUUCCUGUGUGCUGCUCAACAGCUCAAUGGCAUCAAUGCUAUUUAUUUCUAUGCAAAUUAUGUGUUCACACGAGCUGGCAUUCCAGAGGACAAGAUCCCCUAUGUCACCAUUGGCACCGGAGCCUGCGAGUGCCUCACGGCACUAACCUGCGGAAUGCUGGUUGAUUCUCUCGGCCGUAGGAUUCUUAUUAUUGGCGGUUAUUCGUUGAUGACACUCUGGUGCAUUAUCAUAACGUUAUCGCUCACUUACCAGGAUUAUGCCCCUUGGGUUCCUUAUAUAAGCAUGAGUUGCAUCUUUGCGUUCAUCCUGAGCUUUGGCCUAGGACCAGGUGGUGUGACAAACAUUUUGAUCACAGAAUUGUUUACUCAGUCGUCACGCCCAGCGGCCUACGUGACUGGAGGAUCAAUUAACUGGCUCGGUUUUUUCUUAGUGGGAAUGUUUUUCCCAUUUAUUGUGAUGGGUCUUCAGCAGUACUGCUUCCUGGUGUUUCUUGGCGUGUGCUGCCUGGUUGCCACAUAUAUUUAUUUUGUGGUACCGGAAACUAAAAACAAAACCUUUCUGGAAAUCAAGCAGGAGUUUCAGUCCCAUUAUGGAAAACAGAAAAGUGACAAAAGCAACCAAGGCAGAAGCAGUGCUUUGUUGCGGUCUACAGACAUGUAAAAGGUGCGCCAUACACAUGAGACACUGUUGGUUGAUGCUCCAAGGAUUAUUAAAAUACAGAUCUUGGUGGACUUUAUUAACAGUAAAAGAAACCUGCAGUGAGGAGGCAACUGGUAAAAGCUGAAUAAAGUUGAAACGUCUAGCUGUCCAUUCAUUUUUUUUUUUUUUUUGUUGUUUGUUAAGACCACUUGUCCUGGUGAGCA